GUUUCCGGGCCAAAAAUUUUCAGUCCGCGCACAUUUUCCCGCACACAAACUCAAGCCGCGGUCGCGUAAAGAUCUGCAAACCCGCAAAGGUAUACGGUGAUAUGCAAAUGUUUGCAUAAUUGUUUUUUUUUAACCUUAGUGCGCACUGUGAAGCGUGUGAAGAAGCAGAAGCCAGGCAGGAGGAAGUAGAAUCGGGAAGCGAAAUCUUGUCGGUGCCAUAUUUUGAUGAUAAAAGUGUACGCGUGUGUGUUUAUUUUUCACUCCGUCUAUUAAUUGUAUUGUGAAUUUGUGCCGUUAAACGGGAGGGUGGAAAAAAAAGGAGAGAGAAUAUAAAAUUCAACACGGGAAUUUCGCCCCCCGCGCGUGUGAUUCACAGUGUCCGGUCGAAACGAAACAAGUGCUUCCUUUGAUUUAAAAGGUAUCGUAAAAAUCGCCCCCCCGGGUGGGAGAAAUUGGUUCCCGGUGUAGUUGUCCUUUUUUCGAGCUGCGAUUUUGAAGUGUUGACGCACCCAGGGAACAUCAAACACAAAGCCAUCCUCAAACCCCCAUUUUGUCCCUUUCCCCCCGCGAAAGCUUUGUGCUAGCGUUUUGGGCCGUCAUCGGUUUUAUGCACUAAGGGAUCACCGAAACAGCCGUCAAACUGUGGGGCUCCGGACCAUACUUUCUACAUCCCCAGGGAAUGUACUUUCCGCAGAUGGUCCAGGGGAUGGGACCGUUUCCGGGCACACCCGGGUUCCCGCCGGGCGCAGCACAAACCGUCAGCACAGACAGCCUGUCGGUGCAGGUGGUGAAAGGCGCUACGGGAGCGGGCGGUGGUGGUAGUGCCGGUGGUGGUGGUGGCGGCGGCGGCGGUGGCGGUGGAGGAGGAGGCGGUGCAGGCGGUGUGACGUUGGAUCAUCAGCAUUCGCUCAGCACACUCAAGCAGCACCAGGAGCAACACAAUGCAGCAGUUGCGGCCGCAGCAGCAGCCGCCGCCCAGAUGAAUGCCGUUGCCACGACACAAACGUUGCGAAAUUCUGUCAGUCAAUUCAGCCCCUCGUCAGUAUUGGGUGCCCCGCCGGCAACGUCGAUAGCAGUAUCGCUGGCACCGCUAUCACUGCCCUCCACCAUGGUCAGUGGGGCCGGGGCGGGCAAUGGGGUGGCCGUGGCCGCUAGUAUGGCUGCCGCCAUGAGCGCCAACGGUGGAUCACCGGGCGCCUCCACCAACGUGAAUGCCGCCAGCAAUGGAGGUGCCGGGUCGGGCACGCUGAACGGAGCCGGCAGUGUGGCGGGAGCACCCGGUGUCAACGGUAGCGCGGCAGGCAGUGCUGCCAACGGAACCGUGGCACUUUCCAACGGGAUUGAUCAACAGACUGUCAGCAUGUCCGAUUUACUGCAACAAUCCGAGCAGGAAUCGCCCAGCAACGUAUCAAGUGCCAACACCGCAGAUGCCGCCACGUCGGUUCUGAGCAAUGUCAGCAACAAUAACAGCAGCGUGAACAACCAAACAAAUGCAACCGUUUCGGCGGCCAUCGCUGCGGCAGUCAAUUCAAUAAGCAGCAACACCAGCCCCAACAACGCCAUCAACACGAGCAAUAGCAACAGCACCGUUAACGGUAGCAGUAGCAACAGCAACGUGAGCAGUAUGGUCGUGACGGCCGCUGGACCGAUCGGUACCGGCACUACGACCGUCGUUUCGGCCAUUCCACCCACCAUGACCUCGUCCGCGUCGGCGGUAGCGCUCGUGCAGCAGCACCACCAGCAAACGAUACAAGCUCAACUGCAGCAACAGCAGCAACAACAACUCAAUGGCCAACAAACGAACCAGCAUCCGCAACAGCAGCAGCAGCAGCAGCAGCAGGUGGUGGUCAGCAGUCAGCAACAGCAGUCCCAAAGUGUAGCAGCAGCCGUAGCAGCGCUGACUGAUUCAAAAUCACAACCAAAGCGACUACACGUGUCUAACAUACCUUUUCGCUUUCGCGAUCCGGACCUUCGAACUAUGUUCGGGCAAUUCGGUUCCAUACUAGACGUAGAGAUUAUCUUUAAUGAGCGUGGCAGCAAGGGAUUCGGUUUUGUAACAUUCGCUAAUAGUAGCGAUGCGGAGCGAGCACGCGAACGUCUUCACGGCACUGUGGUUGAGGGACGCAAGAUUGAGGUCAAUAAUGCAACCGCACGAGUUCAAAGUAAAAAAGCUCCUGCUGUAUCAAGCGUGUUUCUGACGAAACAAGGCGCCGUCUCGGCCCCGUCACUGGCAGCUGUCUGUGUCCCGUGGCCCGAAGCUGGCAUACCAGGGCAUCCGGCACUGUUGCACCAUCCAGCACUGGCCCAACAUCUUCCGCAUCAUCCCGUUUCCCUCUCGCACCACCAGCAACGACAUCCGGCUGGUCUGCCCAUACACCUGCACCCGCCGGGACCACCGCAUCCGAUGGCAUCCGUUAUUGCCGGGUUAGCCCGUAACGGUACCGUACCGCCACCAUCGCCCCGACAUCCUUCGCUCGCAAACCUACCGGGGCUACCGAGUGCGAACGCGAACGGUUCCACAGGUAGCACAACAAACGCGAACGGUACACCCACUGCUAAUGCUGCCGGUACGGGUACCGCCGGAACCAUGGGUCCAGCCGCAUUGCUUUCCGGUCAUCCGGCAACCUUUGCGCCAUUGAAUGGGCACGCGGGCGCGUUAGCCAGCUACCCGUCUGUUUACUUCGAUCCCUAUCUGGCAGCGGCAGCAGCAACGGCGGAUCCCAGCUAUCGCCUGCAGGCUGCUAAACCGGUGACGGAGGUUCAAGCACAACCUACCAUUUUGAACGCGGCAGCACCACUGUUGAAGACGCCACUGUCGCAGGCCCAAGCUCAAGCACAGGCAUACUCCGCGGCCAGUUAUACGGCCGCAGCAGCACGUGCAUAUGGGGCAGCAGCUGCUGCAGCACAACCUACCGUUGCCGGCUACACGACAGUUGCUGGAUACGGACGUGCGGAGUAUACCGAUCCCUACCUGGGACACGGUAUCGGACCCGUGCCCGGUUAUGCGGCAACCAUUUAUCGGGGAGGAUACAACCGUUUCACCCCGUACUAAAGAGGGCAUCGGUAGAGAUAAAAGAGCUCUACCCAAGGAAGCAAGGAACACGCCCAAAAUGAUACUACCUAGAAUGCUUCCUUCCUUCUCCCGGUCCAUGCCCGCUCCACCCACCCCCAAAUAGCAGCAGCCAAAGCUCUCUCGCAGUGUGCUUCGUGGGCUUGUGUAAGGACAACUAUAAGCGUAUUUCAUAACGCUCUAGCAGUAGUGUAUAUCCGUGCUGGAUAUAUAUACAUAUAUAUAUAGAAUGGACACAAAGUUAGCCAGCCAUCGACAAGUAAUGGACGCGCGCGGAACAGUUACAGAUGCGCUUCCUUGAUUAGGUGUUUAUUUUGGAAAAGUUUGUUUUUUUUUGUAUUUGUUUCUACACAAGAGAAAAAGUAUUCUUUUCCUCUUAAUUUCCACCAAAAUUACCAUGAUGAUGGUACUGUUUGGUUUAGUUUUGUUCCCGGUUUAGUAAGCUAGUGGGUAAACUAUCUCUCACGCACAAAUGUUGUGUAAAGUGCAACUACCGCAAGGAAAACCUAAUGCAGCUAACAGGCGCACAAGUAACAUCGAAACCAAAGCACACAAAUGGAAAGGUGAAAAGGGAGGUUUCACCCUUCGUAAAACUCCUCUCCGUUUCAGGGAGAAACGAAUGCACAUCACACAAUGCACACAAGCAACAAUAUCACAAACAAACCCCCUUAUUAUGCCAGACAGUAAAAGAUGCAUAUUAGGGCGAUACGGUUACAUCAUGUUGAGCUUUCACAUAGUCAUUUGAGUUUGUUUUUUUUGCUUCGUUUAUAUAUUUUAGGAAAUAGGAAUAAGGAUAAAGUAUCGUUUUGUUUAUUUUUUUCAAGUUCGCGUUUCUUUUGCGCAGAAUUAGUUUGCCUCGAAAUAGGUUGUUUUUUUGUUUGGGUUUCUUCCAGAAAUUGCUUCUAUUUCUUUAGUGGUAGUGAGAUUUUGCGUUUGGUAAUUGUCUACCAAUUUCUCCACCCAGCAGUAGCACACUAGGGCAGCUCUCUAUUCAUAGUGCAAAAUGGUGUUGUUCUUCCAGAAUCGAUUGAGCGUAAAUGUAAAGAUCUUCGUUGGUGGUGAACUGGUAAGGAAGAGUUUACACAACACAAUUUUGUCUAUAUUUCGAAACACCAAAGAAAUGUAAAAACCAACGGAAAACGGAAACUCCUUAGCUCGGUAGAUUAUCAAACAGCAGACGUGAAUGUCUAGUGCGGGAAAAUCGCGCAACACGAACCAAGAAUCUCUCAACGGCUCAUGUUUUUGAAAGUGUCAUGAAAAAUGUUUCAAUUAGUGUAUUUGAUUAAUUUAAUGUUUGUCUUAUCAAAAAGUGUAGGGGUUUCUUUUCGUUGCUUUACUUUAGCAACAAUUUUCGCUACACACGUUUGUAUACCAUGUUUUCGUAGCAGUUCUAUAUUUUUUUGCUGGUUUCGUUUGUGUUCGUUUGCCUUUAUUAAUACUCAUCAGAAAAAACAACAAACAAAGCUUUAUGAUUCUCGAAACAGAAGUAAUGAGGAAUAAUAAUGCUCCUCGUGUGUAAAGGUGUGAUAUGCUCAAAUUCUACCCUCCUAUCUCACAUAAAAUUCUUCACUAGGUUAAUUAAACCUGUUAGAAGAAGAAAUUACACCAUGGUUCCACGUACAACACGUUAACCAGUGGCUUUAUGUUGCAAAGCACAACUUGUACCACCGAUGGCCAAUGUUUGGGUACAGUUUCCAUACAGUAGAACUCUCUUUUGUUCGGUUGUACUAUCGGUGUGUGCUAUAGGUACAGAUUUGUGAUAAAAAGUAUCCCGUUUUUGGAUAGGAUUUAACAUGCGUACGCCAACAGACAAAACAAUCUUCCGUACUACUUCCGCUAAAACCCCCCCCAAAACAAUAAAGCGCACAAUUUAACGGAUCGUGCACAAUUGUUACAAGAUCGUUGGUUUAAUAUGUUAUGUCUUCUACCAAAACAAACAAACACCUCGUUCUUUAUGCACAAAAUAUGUUUAGUUUAGGGUUUCGGUUUUUUGGCUUCCAAUAUGCGUCUUAUUACGUCGUAGUAAUGAAACAAAACGCGUCUACUAUUAACGAUAGGAGAGUGAUGUCUUCUUUAACUAGUAAUGUGUAUCCAAUUGUGCAAAACGAUGAUUUGGUGGACGGUGGAUAAGGUCCUACCUGCGAAAGCGUCCUACCAAUAAUCAAAUGUGCUCCUCCUCCAGGAUCAAUUUGAUCGAACAGUCUUGUCAGUACAGUAAUACAGAAAUACUCUCCCGUUAUCCUCAUUGCAAAGCAGCUGCAGUAAAAUUUUUGGUUCAUCUGUAACCGUGAGAUAUUGAUAUACCGAUGCGUAGUAACGCCGUAAAACGCUCAAGAAUACAGUAGCUUCAUGUGAUGGAACUUGGAAGUACGUUUUUUCCAAACUCCCUUAAGGCAUAUGAAGCAAAAGUAAUUUAAACAUAUGAACCCAAUUUAGAUACUAGUGUUGUAGCCGGCAGAUGUAGCAAUUAAGUGAUGUGCAACAAUGAAAACCAGAAGAAGAAAAAAAAACCCUUUGUAGAAAUCUCAACCCCGCUGAGGAUGAAAGAGAAUGUGAGUUGUGUAUGUGUAAUUUCAAGAGGCAGAAACUACCGAACACAAAAACCGCGCCAAUACAAUAUACGAAAAUGGAGGAUGUUGCUGCUACUCUACUAAUGUGUGUGUGUGUGUGUAAAAACAUGUUUUUUCCUGUCAGUCCGUACCGUUAAAAGAGAUCCAGUCACGGGAACGUCCCUUUCCGCGUUCACUACCAAGCAGUGAAUAGAAAACUCACCAACUAAUUAAACAAAAUAGGAAUCCAAAGCCAUUAUACGCGUCCUUAGAAUAGAGCGAGCCAGUAGAAGUGAAAGGAAAAAGAAGAAAGAGAUAGAGAGAGAGCUAUUAAUUAAUUGUAACCAAUUAAAACGCGCAAUACAGCGUGAGAAAAUGGGCAGAACAAACAAAGAAGAAUACAUUUCGUGCUUGAUAAGAAGACAAAAGAAAAGAAAAAACAAACGGAGAAAAUGAUGUGGAAAAAAACAAAACAAACGCGCAAUUUGCAAACAUACCGCGCAACAAACAAAACACAGCAAAACAAGAGUAGAAAGCGAGCGAAAAACAAAACAGAGGAAGGGAAAAAAAUACAAACAUUGUAAUACGCGUCUCUCAAAGUGACGAACGCAGCCAUAUUAAUCAUUAGUCGGCGCAUCGCAAACGGACCCAUCGUUGUCCGUUGUUUUGCAUUAUAUUUUGUUUUAUUUUUAAAUAUCCUUUUUAUUAUCACUAUUUUAUCGUAAUUAUAAGAUGCAUACGCAUUCGCGUACGCGUACAUUCAUAAGCAACACCAUCUACCUAUUUGUUUGCGAAUGAAACAACGAAAUGUUUUAGUCAGUUUAGCCAGGUUCUGUUUUGAAAGUCACGUGUAGGUACGUCUUUCGGUUCGUACGAUUACUUUUUCUCUUCGCGCACUUCGGAAUAAUGCUCUUUAUUUUCGGUUUGACAAGAGUUUAUCGUUUUUUUUUUGCCAUCGUUAGCUAAUGGUUGACCUAACUGUGGCAUAAAUUAUCCACAGCUGCACAACGUCCGGCUCAAUUAAAAUCCAUCUGUUUUAUAUUGAACAUCAAAGCUUUUUCGACUCUACGCUUUUAAAAUCGAAGUAUAAUUUCGAUCGAGCUUACCCAAUGAGGCCCCAUUUUAUUCGUCUUUUGUACGGCUGUCCUGUUCAUGAUUGGCUUGAAUUGGUCCCGGUGUAAGAUGUUAUUAGGCAGCAAAAAGGGAGCGUUUUGUGCAAGUAGCUUUAACAUACUUCCAAUUUUACGCGCGCCAGAACGUAGGCGGGAUGGAAAUAUCCGGCAAAACAGCACAUUCGCUUCCCUUUUGUGGGGAGCGCUAUGCCACGAUGCUGACGGAUUCUGGUCGGAAUGAAGCUCAAAUGAAACAUUACUGUUAAAACGAUAGAAAUGGCCCCCAUCCUAGUCGUACGUGGAAAUAUAUAAAUAUAUACAUAAAGACUUAUGCUAAAAGAGGAAAAAGAAACGAUACAAAUUGAUUGCCACCGCCGCAUCCACCUAGUAACUUACUUCCUUCCUUCCCGUUUUAUCUUCCCCGUUCUGUGUAAUAGUUAGUAGACUUCUAGUGCUGCGUCGUCCCCAAACGGCACAAAUGAAGCUGCGUGCGAAGAAUAAAAACGGAUAGAUUGAAUAUAUUAAUAUGAAGAAUAUCUCUAAAGCGCACCCUCAGCCGAAACACAACACAAAAAUAAAAAAAAAACACACCGAAAACAGAAAAAAUACACUCUUAGCAGCACACACAUGAAGCGCGCAAAGUGGAAGGAAAAGAAAAAUGCGAAGAAGAGACGGAUAACGGUGAUAACAAAAAAGAAAAGAAGAGAAAAGCAUACUGAAAACAGCAACAACAACAAAAAAGCAAGAAAGAGCAAGCUGCUAACCGCAAUGUUAGAAAGAUACAUUUUAAGAAGAUUAAAUAAACAAACAAAACCACGAGAGCGCAAAAAAAAAUAACAAAAAAUGCAUCUCGUUUUCGCCAAAUUAUUAAUAUUAAUAGAAACAACAAAAAAAACAAAACAAGAAGAAAACAUGAACACACGCAAGACACAAUGAAAACACAGAAACAAACACACACACUUGACAAAACAAUGCGCAAAACAAAAAAGUAUAUAAAUUUAUUCUUACUCAAAUAGCGUUUAAUGGUGAAUGAAUGCGAAAUGGGAAGAAGAUGCAAACAGACAAACGUUCGCGAGUGGGUACGUGUGUGUUGUGUGUGUGUGUGAAAUUGAAAUUGCAAAUGCAAAUGGAACCACAAACAUGUUUUGAAAUGUUGAAGAAAUCCUGUUCUUUAUUUAGUGUUGCAUCCUGAACUGGUAUCAACAUAGAAGCAAAAGAAUGAACGUGCAAAACACAAGAACAAAACCAAAACCCUAAAAUAAGUAAUAGAACGCAGAGAAAGCGUUGCGAAAGUAAAAAAAAACAAGUAAAAGAGAGCACAAAUCUUAAAAGUUCAUUAAUACAACCAAGCACACAAGCGAAAGCAUAACGGAUUAGCAAAGAAAUAGAACCAAAGUACAUACAAGAAAAGAAAACAAGGUAAUAACACUAACAUUAACAUAAAACCCACAGCAAGGCCCGCAGAAGGGGCUAAUGCGUCUCCCAGUUUCAUACAAUACUUCCAUCCGUUUUGGAAACCUUUCUACGGAAGGGGAAUUAGAAAAAAGGAUUUCUUGUUGAAACAUCACACCCACCCCACAGCCCAACAGGAAUAGACCAGCGGAAUGUUAGAGACACGAAAAUGAACGUCACAAAAAGGAAACCCACUCUUCUUCAAGGUCAAACUUAGUAGAGCGAUGCAGUAAUUUGUAAGUAUAACAAAACACAACAAAAAUAGUAGGUGCCAGCAAAACAAAAGUAUAAAACAAAAGGAAAAAGAUAAAGAAAAAAAACCAAAAGUAAUGUUCAAACGCAUCUCCGGACAGAAAGUGUUGAACGCACAGACGAAAAGAAAAGAAAAAAACUUGCAACUAGAAACUUUACAACCCAUAAAGAAAAUGCUAAACAGUAGGGAUGGAAGAGAAGAAACAAAGCAGUAAACAGUUUGUUCUGUACGACACAUACAACAACAUACACACGUACACACACUACUCAAACACACAAAUUUCACCAACAUCAUAUUCUUCUUUUUUUUGUAAUAAAAUUUUCAUAAAAUGCCA